AUGAAAGGACCUCCAGAAGACCCUUUCCUCCUUACUGCCCUCACCACAGCCACCGCAGCUCUCAUAUCAGCCCUUACCGCACAGCUCAGUAAGCCAUGGCUCUCAUUUGUUACCCGCAGCUCUCAGUACAGCCAUUACCGCAGCUCUCAGUACAGCCCUUACCGCAGCUCUCAGUACAGCCCUUACGUAGCUCCAGUUCAGCCGCCUGCAGCUCUCCAUACAGCCACCCACUCCGACAGCCCGCCACCCGCAGCUCCAGUCCAGCCCCACCACAGCCCCAGUGCACCCCACCGCAGCUCCCAGCACCACGCUCUCCAGUUCCCACCACACUACAGCCUCCCUGCAGCCCCACUGUGCCAGCCCCCACUGCAGCAGCCGCCGCAGCUCCCAGUCCAGCCUGCAGCUCCCAGCACAGCCAACACCGCAGCUCCCAGUAGCCACUUACCCAGCCUCCAGGUACAGCCCCACCGCAGCUCCCAGUACAGCACCACCGCAGCCCAAUGCACCCCACCGCAGCCCCAGCACAGCCCCACCAGCCCCCAGUGGCCACCGCAGCUCCCAGCCCACAGCCCCACCGCAGCUCCCCAGUACAGCCCCACCGUAGCCUCCAGUCCAAAAGCCCCACCGCAGCCCCAGCACAGCCCACCGCAGCUCCCAGUCCAGCCCAUACCACAGCUCCCAGUACUUACUUGCGCUCCCAGCACGCGCCGCACCUCAGUACAGCCCCUACCGCAGCCUCAAGCAAGCACCGCAGCUCCCAGCACAGCCCACACCGCAGCCCUAGGCACAGCCCACACCACAGCCUCAGCACAGCCAUACCGAAGCUCCCAGUACAGCCCUUACCGCACCCCACAGCCCCUUACCAGCUCUCAGUUCAGCCACCGCAGCCUCCAGUACCAGCCACCCACCGCAGCUCCCAGUUCAGCCCUUACCACAGCUCCCAGUGCAACCCUUACCGCAGCCCCCAGUACAGCCUACCGCAGCCCUCCAUUACGCCCCACCGCAGCUCCCA